AUGACAUUGUGGGCCUCUUCCCUGGCGAUCCGAGCCGCCUUAGAUGUGAAGAAGCGCAGGACACGGCUGCGGGGAAAACUCGUCUGUCUGCGGCAAUUUAAGGGCUCCCGUCUUCGUCCCGUGGCGGCUCCGGUGGCGUGUGGAACACAGCAAGGCCCUUUUGGAGCAGAAAAGGUCACCAUCACCUUGGCCAUGAGCUGCCCUGAGUCCCAAAAGACAGGACCCAGUGGGAAGGACGCAGGCUCUCAACACGUGGUCUACAGAAAGAGCACCCGGGACAAAGCUCUGACCAUCUAUCUGGGAAAGCGGGACUACAUCGACAACGCAGGGGAUGUGGAACCCGUCGAUGGUGUUGUACUGGUGGAUCCUGCAAUUAUCAAAGGGAAAGAAGUGUACGUGUCCCUGACCUGUGCGUUUCGGUACGGCCGGGAAGACAUCGACGUGAUGGGCCUCACCUUCCGCAGGGACCUGUACUUCUCUAGGGUCCAGGUGUACCCUCCUGCUGACAAGCCAGACUCGCUCUCCCACUUGCAGGAAUCUCUGCUAAAGAAGCUGGGGAAAAACGCUUACCCCUUUUUCUUUACGUUUCCAGAUUACCUGCCGUGUUCGGUCUGUCUGCAGCCUGCACCUCAUGACAUUGAUAAGACCUGCGGGGUGGACUUCGAGGUGAAAGCUUUCUCAACGGAGAAUGUGGAGGAGAGGAUUCGUAAGAGGGACUCCACGCGUUUGCUGAUCCGGAAGGUGCAGUACGCUCCGGAAAAGCCAGGACCCCAGCCCUGUGCAGAGACCACCUGGCAGUUCUUCAUGUCCAACAAACCGUUGCACUUGAAAGCUUCCCUCAGUAAAGAGAUGUACUACCACGGUGAGCCCAUCCCUGUCACCGUCACCGUCGACAACAGCACCGAUAAAGCAGUGAAGAAGAUCAAAGUCCAGGUGGAGCAGGUUGCCAAUGUGGUUUUGUACUCCAGCGACUACUACACCAAAGUGAUAGCGGCUGAGGAAGUGCAGGAGAAGGUGCAGCCGAACAGCAGCCUGACCAAGACACUGACGCUUUUACCCUUGCUGGCAAAUAACCGGGAGACGCGGGAAAUCGCUCUGGAUGGAAAGCUAAAGGAUGAGGACACCAACCUGGCUUCCAGUACCAUGUGA